AUGUCUAAUUCACCUUUAACAAAAGUACCAACUUCUGCGCUUUCACCUGUUUCAGCUUUGUCAGUCAGAAAAUAGGAUUAAAUUCCUUAGGCACUAUCUAAAUAAGCUAUUGACUUGUAAAAUACUUUGAACAAACUCAAAGAAGCAAAAUAAAAAAAACAACUUUCAAAUUCUAAUUUGGUGGUUUAAUCAAUAAGUAUCUUCUUGAUAUGAACUUUAGCUAAUCCAGUCAGUAGUCCUUAAAAAAAUAAACAUACAGAAGAAUCAGAACCUAUAUAAAUUUAAUACAAAUCAUUAUUUAAGGAUAUUGAAUCACCAUAGAUCUCUUAACCUAAAACCUACAAUAAAAUGAAUGAUUAAGAAGCUGAAUAAAAGUAUGAGUAAAGAAAAAAAUAAAUAAAAGAAUAAAUAGAUAGAACCAAAUCAAACAGCAAAAUAAUUUAGAAACCUAAAUAAAAUUUAAAGAAGACUGUUGAGAAAUAAAUUUAAAAAAUUGAUCUCCCUAAAAAUUCAAAUAAAAAAAUAAAAUAGGAGUCUGUAUCUGAAAUUUAAACUAUUACUUCACAACCAAAAGACAUUCUACAUGAUUAAUUGAAAAUUAUGCAAAAUAAAUUAAAAUAAGAUAUAGCAAAACUUGACAAAGAAAUCAAAGGAGAAAAUCAAAAUUGUCUAUUUGAAAUUAAAAAUAAAGGACAUGAUUUAUAUCAAUAAGGAUUGCUAAUGGAGGAUAGAAAGUAACUAUAAUAUAUUUAUCUUGAAAGAUAAUUUAAAAAAAAGAUACAUGAGAGAGAAAGAUAAUAAAAAGAGAUGUAAGAAUGCACUUUCAAACCAAUUAUAAGUUAGUAGAAGAGAAUUAAUAAUCUCUCAAGAUAAAAAUAGUCAGGAUUGAAUUAGAAUGAAUCUAAACAAUAAGUUAAAUGUUAAAGUAAUAGAGAUGGUUAAAUAACUUCGAAAAGAUUAUCCCGUUCUCAUUCUUAAGAUUUAAUUAAUAGCACAACAAUAACAUAGCCAGUUAAUAAUAAUAAUAAUGAUAUAAAUUGUAACUUUAAUAAUAUAUCUUUUAGCUUGUUUAAAUAGAAUAUAAGAUAAAUACCAAUAGAUAGUUAACAGAGCCAAUGCUUUAAAAAUUAAAGGACUUUGA